CAAGAUCUCGUCUCCAAGGGAUUUCAUCUCCUCCAUCUCUUGGAAAUGACGGACGAGGUUCUGGGUCCCUUCCUCGUUCUUGAGAGCAUCAUUUCGCUCAUGUCCCAAGUGUUUGCCUUUCAGCCAAUUCAGUUCACGUUUGGUGUUGCCGCCACGUUUGGCGCCUUUCAUUGGUUUCUUCGCUUGUUCUUCCUCUUUGAAAGUGGACAGAAGAUUGUGCGCCAAAUGGUUCACGUGAGGAGAAACCUGGAGGUCAUCUUUAUGAAUGGUUGUGAUACUCGCGACAAUCAAACACAACAUAAAUUGAAGAUCUUACUCAAGCGAUUUGGCAAUUUCUACCCCAUUCGCCCAUGUGGGAGCUUUACGCUAUGCCGGUCAUCUGCUAUUUCGGCCGGCGGGGUCCUUCUCACAUACAUCAUUGUCCUCCUGGAAUUCAGAUUUAGUGAAACUGACCAGAAAAGCUGCGCCCAUCCGCCCUAUUGGAAUGCGACUCAACCCGAACUUUUAAAUUAGUCAUUCGUCAUUUGGAUAUGUGGUAUAUUUCAUACAAAUUAUGUCCUAUCACAGAUCUGGUGCCUUCUGGGGGAGUGAAUAAACUCACUGAGCCAUGUUUCUA